CGAGAUGGGUACGUUUCAUUUCCACUUCUGCUUCGGCUGCAGUCAGUCGACGGCUACCGUGCAGCCUCCGGGAGAACAGUGCCGCUGGGACACGAGGCACGAGGUGGCCUGGCCAGGACGCAAGCCCCCGGAGCGUCCUCCCGCCACGCAGCACAGGCAUAGCAGCUUGGAUCCUGAUUGGUGCGUCGCACGUGCGGGGGAGGAAGCCGACCCCCAGAGAGCUCCCGGCUCCUCGAAGGCGACGCCAGGGACGAUGCUCGUUAUCGUGGUCGGCAUCUGUGCGCUGCUGCUGACCUGCAGGCCAGUGCCGCUGCUCUCCCAGCUUGUGACGUUUUCCCCGGAGAACCUAUCCAGGCCCGCGGGCGACACAGCCAGCUUCUUCUGCAAUAUCUCCACGGCGAACUUCCCUCAGUUUGAUUAUAGUUUAAACUGGUACAAAAAGAUCAAUUCCACUCACACGCAAAAAAUUGCUGAGCUUAAUGGGAAUGAACAUAAAAACCACGAGAAAUUCCAACUUGUCAACCAUACCUCUUCUGUUGAGAUAAAGAUUCAGUACCUAAAUGAGAAUGACAGCGGCGAGUACUUCUGCGGGCUGAUCGCUUUCUCCUCCCCCAGUAAAGUGGUGGAAAGCAACGUGUCCCAGCUCAAAGUUACAGAAGGAAUUCCCACCACUGUUCCCAACGUGAUUGACGACGACCUGGCGGACAACUUUAAAGUGCCAGUCAUCAUUGGCCUGAUCAUCGCCGGGGCCGUGCUGCUUGGGCUCAUCACCUACGUGCUCUUCAUGAUCACGCGCCGGACGGGAGGGCAGCAGAAACCACAACGUGAAAACGCACUCUUGAAAGAACAGGUGACGACGUACACGGUGGAUUAUGGCGUGUUGGAAUUCCAGCAGGAUGAGCACACCGAGGCUCCGGUGGAGAGUUACCCACCUGACAACACAGAAUAUGCCGUCAUCGUGUUCCCUGAAGAGAAGCCUGUCACCCCAGAAAGGGGGAAGAAAACGAAACACCAGAGGACCUGUCAAAUCUGAGCGCAGCCCCGCUGAUGGGUCAGGAGCCCAAUCGUGCUUCUCCUUCUGUUUUGUCAUCUCUCUACAGCUUUCUUGGAGGCUUUCGGGCAGGAAGGCCUGGCAGCAGCAUCUGCACUAUUUGUCCAUGCUGCGCCUGGUUAUACGGCAGCCCCGACUCUCCUUCUUCUCCGUAUCAGACAGCCGCUCGAAUGACUGACAUUUUAUGGCAGCCUUCCUCGGGGUCCUUCCCUCCUCCAGCAGGUCGCAAGCAAUUGUUUGCUGCUAAGGAAGACGUGCAGUCAGAACACGCUUGAGGGUCUGGACUAAUGGACCUGUGGUUUGAGCCCUGUGCUGCCGUGGUGGAGAGCCACGUUCAUUCCCGGUCCUUGGUUUCUUGCGCUGCAGGAGGCAGCAUGAUCCAUCCCUUGGGGGUGGGGCCGGGGGAAAGAGGUAGAGUCGUGUGUCACUCAGCAGUUACCCUAUUGGCCAGUGAUGCUGGGCUCCAAAGAGGAGCCUUGCCAGUCCUCCUCGUUCAUUAGGAUGGUGAUGGCAAAGCUGGGUCUAAAGGAUGGGAGAGGGUAAACCGGUGGGAAAGGAUGGGAUAUUUAGGGCUAGAAGGUGGAUGCAGGGGCACCUGCUGGAAGAUGCUACCACAGACCGUUAGAGCCCAGUUCUGCCUUGCUUACGGGCUAGGGAUACAAGCUGCCACCUCACAGAGAAACUAAUGCAGCACUGACAUUUCAGUCCUUGGCCUCCCCAGCCAUGCCAAACGGAGCACAAACCUGCCUCUUUUGACUUCCUGCUGGGUUUGACCCUACUAAGAAAUCUUAACAUUGGGAGAAAUUUGUAAUGCAUGCCAGUGGCUGCAGUGUAAAAGGAUACUAUGAAACAGAUUGCAGCUCUGGUGGGUUCUAAUUGUCACGAGAGCUGCAGCACCCAGCUGAAAUCAGUGGGUCUUCUUGGGUGCAGUGGACAGGAGAAGGUUGCUCCUUCUGUACUGUACCGAGCUAGGGGCUUCUCCUAGCUUUGUGUGAGAAGCUGCGUUGCAUGUAAGUGUUUAUUUAAAAAGACUAAUGGGAAAUGUACUGUAAUGUGGGUUUUUUCUUCUGUAGUGUCACAUAUUUGCACUUGAAAUUUAAGAGCUCCGGGUGGAUGGAGCCGGAUUGAAACCAAAUCAGGUGGAAAUCCGAGCGGUGCACGGGUGGAGGAGAUGGCAAGAACGCCGAGCGAUUCUAGUGAGGCACAGAGACUGUGAAGCUCUGACGCGCACUCUGGAGCACCUUCCUUCUCGACCAGCCCUGCCGGAAUCAAUGGGGCUGUCGGAGCAGGAUGGUGUCGCUCCUGGGGUUCACGGUCAACCUGAGGGCUUGAUCCUGUUGAGUGGAUGCUUUGCCCUUAGCUUCGGCAACAGCGGGAUCAGGCCCCAGGAGUUUACACUGAAGUGG